GCUUCUGAUAGUCAUGGACUCACUAGACUGCUGAGGAAGAUCCAGCAUCUAUCUGCUGAAAACAUCCAGAAAACUACUUUUAACACCAGAAUCAAGUAUGGAAGUGGUGAACUAAGAAGAGCCUGAGGAAGAAUUGUGUUGCCUGAUCAGAAACUCCAACUCUAAAGAAGAUGAGUGACUCAUCCAAAACCAACCAGUGCUGCCCCACUCCAUGCUGCCCACCAAAACCAUGUUGCCCACCCAAACCGUGCUGUCUGAAAUCACCUUGCUGUCCCAAGUCCCCAUGCUGUCCACCUAAAUCCCCAUGUUGCAUACCAAAGGUCUGUCCCUGUCCGACUCCCUGUGCCUGUCCAGGCACCUGUCCAGCUGCCUGUGCUUGUCCUUGUCCGAUGAAACCAUGCUGCCCAACGAAGUGUUCGUGCUGCCCCAAAAAGUGCACCUGCUGCCCACAGCCCACCUGCUGUGUUCAACCCACCUGCUGCUCUUCUGAAAACAAGACUGAGUCAGAUUCUGAUGGGUCUGGUCAAACUCAGGAUAGGGGUGCUCAAACACCGCAGUCCCCGAAGAAGACCAAGUAA